GUUUUGGAAACUUGCAAAAGUCAUCACACACACAACAACAACACAAGACCUUCCCAAAGGAGCCAUGCCCACCAAAAUCCUCCCUCUGUUUCAUGUUCUCUUCUCAUUCUCCAUCUUCUUGCCUCUUGCGACCUCCACCGACUUCAAUUUCCCAGCUGUUUUCAACUUUGGGGACUCGAACUCCGACACCGGCGAACUCGUCGCAGCACUCGGCAUCCGCUUGAACCCUCCCAAUGGCGACACUUACUUCAAGGCCCCGGCAGGGAGAUUCUGCGACGGCCGCCUCAUCGUCGAUUUUCUCAUCACAGAAAAACACAAGCUGCCUGCAACAUCAUCCAUGGCCUCCAAGACCUGCAUUGCCAUCUUGGCUCUGCUCUGUUUGUUCCCUCUUGGCAACUCGAUCGAUUUCUUCAACUUCCCUGCUGUUUUCAACUUUGGCGACUCCAAUUCCGACACGGGCAAUCUUAUCUCGGCCGGGAUCGAGAGCCUCAACCCUCCUAAUGGCCAGAGCUAUUUCCAGCUGCCAUCUGGGCGAUACUGUGAUGGCCGUCUCAUCGUCGAUUUCCUGAUGGAUGCAAUGGACCUUCCAUUCCUAAAUGCCUAUCUAGAUUCAAUCGGCACGCCAAAUUUCCGGAGAGGUUGCAACUUUGCAACGGCGGCAUCGACGAUACUUCCGGCAACUGCAACAUCACUGAGCCCAUUUUCAUUUGGGGUUCAGGUGUCUCAGUUUCUCCGUUUUAAAGCCCGUGUGCUUGAGUUGCUGGCCAAAGGUAAGAAGCUUGUCAAGUAUCUACCAGCAGAAGAGUACUUUGCACAGGGCCUUUACAUGUUUGAUAUAGGACAGAAUGACCUUGCUGGCCCAUUUUACUCCAAGUCGUUGGAUCAGAUACUCGCCUUGAUUCCAACAAUUCUUGUAGAAUUCGAAAAUGGAUUCAAGACAUUGUAUGAUCAAGGGGGUAGAAAUUUUUGGAUACACAACACAGGUCCCCUUGGAUGCAUAACUCAGAAUAUUGCAAAGUUUGGGACCGAUCCAUCAAAGCUUGAUGAGAUCGGAUGCGUCAGCGGACACAACCAAGCGGCUAAGCUUUUCAACUUGCAGCUCAAUGCUCUAUGCGCGAAAUUGCGGGGCCAGUACACUGAUGCAAAUAUCACGUAUGUUGAUAUCUUCUCCAUAAAGUCCAACCUCAUCGCCAACUAUUCCCGCUAUGGAUUUGAGCAACCGUUUAUGGCGUGUUGUGGCUAUGGGGGCGCACCCCUGAACUAUGACAGCAGGGUUUCUUGUGGGCAAACAAAGGUUCUUAACGGUACCACAGUCACGGCCAAAGCAUGUGAUGACAGCACCGAGUACGUCAAUUGGGAUGGGAUUCAUUACACUGAGGCUGCCAACCAGUUCAUUUCCUCUCAAAUACUAACAGGAAAAUACUCAGAUCCACCUUUUGCAGACAAAAUGCCUUUUGCAAUGAAGCUCAAGUUCUGAAGGAUGAUCAUCCUCUACAGCUAUAAAAAUUUGACUGUUUCUCAGCAUCUGUUGGACACAAAAAUCCUAAAAGCCAUCCAUGAUUGUCAAAUGACAACUCAUUUAUUUGAGUGAUUACUGAUUUGCUAUAUGCUAACAGAGUAUGCACUUGACAAUUUGUUGUAAUCAUUCGACUCAAAUCAAUUCAAUCUAGUGGAUGCCAUCUAUGGUUUAUACAAA